CCCGAUCCAUCGUCGGUGGCGCGUGCGAUUCUCGAUGUUUAUUAUUAUAAAGUAAAGCGCACCGCGCCGCGCGAGACAGUAAUCAGUAUAGCGUCCGCUGCCCGACCCGAUAGCUGGCAUGAUGUGCAUGGUUUCUCACAGCCGCCAACGACUAUUCACGAACGCGACAUCCGCCAAACGCACCGCCGUCAAAGCAAAACGUCAACCGCCGCACGACGAAGAUCGCUCCACUGCCGGACGACUACUCCGCCGCCGCCGACUUUCGCUUAAAAAGUUUCGUUGUUCAACCGCGGCCGUGUACACGCGGAUACGACCACCAUGCCCCGUGGAAAGCGCAGGCCCAAUCAACACCACAAGUCGACAACGGAUGUACUAGCUGGAAAAGGACGUGAUUUAGACAUGUCUGAUGAUGAGUCAUAUAAUGAUAAUGCGAGUGUAAUCAGUAAUAUAUCUUGUAGCACAUCAAAUGAAGAACGUUCAUGUAUUGCUACUGAUGAAACUGAUGAUGCUCAGAAUGAUGCAUUUGAAGAGAAACUAAGUGACGCAAUUGAUGGCUUAUCGCAGAAGUCUGCGCAAGGACGUACAUUAAGUUUUGAAGCUGUUUGUAAUAUAUUUUGCAAGAAAUAUAUACCCGAUUAUAUUUUAAAUAGGCGUAUGACAAUAACUGAUUCCAUUGAGCGUGCUCUUAAAAAAGGUGGUGAUAAUGAAAAAGCUGCAGCAGCUAAUUUAGCAAGUUUGUUAUGUAUACAAUUAGGUGCAAUGGACAUGGCAGAACAUUCUUGUCAAGAACUGUUACCUGUACUAAUGUUUGUUGUUAAUGAUGAAUCUGUUCCUUUAUUGGCCCGAGAAAAGUGCUGUUUGGCCAUAGCUUUACUGACUUUUAUUAGUUGUAAUGAAGAAAUUGAAGCAGCUAUGCAAUUAAUGCGGAACUUAUGGAGCCGUUUAUUACACUCAACAAUUAUUUCUCCACCGAUAGCAGCUCUAUAUUCCGCAGCAUUAUCGUCUUGGUCUCUGCUGCUGUCUACUGUAUCAAUUAGAAAUUCUACUAUUAUUCCUACUUUAGCAGAAUUGAGUACUCUCUUAGACUCGCCACAUCUUGAAGUGAGAAUGGCUACUGGUGAAUUAAUAACAGUUUUAUUAGAAAUGGCUCGUGAAUGUGAAGAUAUGGAUGAAUAUGAGCCAGAUGAAGAAUUUAUUAAUAAAUUACGUGAACUAGCAACAGACUCGCAAAAGUAUAGAGCUAAAAAAGAUAGGAAAACACAAAGAUCAAACUUCAGACAAAUCCUUCAUUAUGUAGAAUUGGAUGAACCUCCAAAUAUUCAAAUACGUUUUGGCCAAGAAAUAUUAACAAUGAAUUCGUGGAUCAUUAAAAAGCAAUAUGAUGUUCUGUGUCAAGCAUUGGGAUCUGGAAUGAACAUGCAUAUGACAGAAAACGAUCUAGUUCGUGAUAUAUUGAGCCUUGGUCCUAAAUUAUGUCAAACAAAACUUUUAAAUAAUAAACAGUCAAAGCUGGAAAGGCAACAAAUUAAUGCUGCCAACUUCAAGGUACGCACAAAAACUAGAGGAAAAGUACGAGAUAAAAGAAUAGCUUUUAUUGAUUAAUGAAUCAUAAACUAUUUUAGUAAAUUAUUAUAUUAUAUUAUAAUUUAAAACCACUUGAGCAUGUGAUAAAUACUGUUGUUAAUGUUUUGUUUUUAUUUAAUCAUUACAGUUUUUCCAUGUGUAUUGUGAAAUAUUGUAUGUUUUUUUAAAACAAUUGGGGUUUAUCUUAAUUACUAAUUAUUUAGAAUGUUUUAAAUAAUUUAGAGGGACAUUCAAGUUUACUAAUCUAUUUUAAUGUAUUUAAAGUUGCAUACUUCUUAUCUCUUUUUAUCAAAUAAUGCUGUUUUAAUAACAAACGCGGUGCCUGUUGUACUACUAAAUACAAUUUGUAACUUAUUACUGCCAUUUUUGUUACAUUGAGACUGAAAAAUGUAUAAGUAAUUGUAUCAUAAAAAAAAAAAAUGUCAUCUGUGUCAAGAAUGAUUUUUUUAAAUUUUUAUGUGUUAGCAAGACUUAUUUUAAUUUCCAGUUUAUCAAUUGCAAUAGAUAUCAAUUCACAGAGUUUUUGUUGCUUUAAUAAAUUAUUAAUUAAAAUAUCAGUAGUUACAGGCAUCUAUAAAUAUUGUUUAGUUUAGUUAACUAUAUUCAUCUAUUAAUUAUAAGUGUAUAAAGUAGCAUGUACUUCUAUUAUUAUAUCUUUCUUUAAAUAAAUCUUUAAAGAAUAAACAA